AUGUCUGAAUCUUACUCAUUGGACAAAGUGGUUUAUUCGAAAGAAGGUGCGGAAGUUGCCUUGGGUGUCAGGACUUUGUCGAUGAAGUCCUCCAAUUGGCAGAAGUCGAAGAAAGGCAAUGAGAAGGACGCUGGAAAAUACGAUACUCAAGAAGUUGUAGAUGGAGGGUCGAAAGAUGAGAAAAAAGAAGAUGAGGCGAGACGGGUGGCUACGUUCAGUGAGCUAUUUUCUUUCUCGACCUGCCUGGAUAAACUGCUUAUCCUAAUCGGCAUAUUGACAGCGUGCGUUCAUGGGGCCUCCUGGCCAAUGUUGUUUGUGCUCUUUGGAGACAUGACGAAUACUUUUGUCUCUUAUGGCCAGAACCUUCAAACAAACGCCAGUGACAGCUUAAACAGUAGCUAUGGCAACGACAACACCACAAACAGUAGCCACGGCAACUUGUCUAGUGCAGACAAUAUCACCGUUGUUCUUGACUUUGGCGCUUUUGAAGACUCCAUGACCCAGUUUGCUCUCAAGUACAUCUACAUUGGACUAGGAGUAUGUGUGGCCACAUAUGUCCAUAUUGCCUUUCUGCAAAUCGCCUGUGAGCGACAAACACACAAGUUGCGGAAAGCUUUCUUCAAAGCACUCUUGCGAGAGAACAUUGGCUGGUACGACAAGCAACAGAGUGGGGAACUGACAACCAGGCUUGCUGAUGAUCUGGAGCGAGUAAAGGAAGGUAUAGGGGACAAAGUUGGGCUGGCUAUCCAGUUCCUGGCUCAGUUUGUGGCCGGAUUUAUUAUUGGGUUCAUCAAAGGUUGGAAGCUGACGCUGGUCAUCAUGUCACUGUCGCCCAUCCUGGCAAUCUGUUCAGGUUUGCUUGGCAAGGUCAUGUCCAGCUACAGCGCCAGGGAACAGAAACAAUAUGCGAGUGCUGGAGGACUUGCCGAGGAAGUCUUGUCCUGUAUCCGAACUGUGAUUACCUUCAAUGGACAGUCACAGGAAAUCACAAAGUACGGCCAGGCCCUAGAAGGAAGCAAGAAACUCGGGGUCAAGAAAGCCCUGUUCACGGGUCUGAGUGUGGGCUUCACAAUGCUGAUCAUGUUCUGUGCUUAUGGGCUUGCCUUUUGGUACGGCUCCACACAGGUCAAUGAAUACAACAACAGCAAUGGCAGUCAGGGUCUGUCUCCUGGGGGUGUGUUCUCGAUAUUUUUCUGUGUGAUGAUUGGAUCGUUUGCCCUGGGCGGGGCCUCCCCCCACAUCACUUCCAUCUUGACAGCUAAGGGGGCCGGAGGAACUGUCUUCAGUAUUAUUAAGGAUGAACCACCAAUAGAUUCAUCCGACCCCACAGGACUUAAACCAGCACAAGUUCAAGGUUACAUUCAAUUCAAAGACAUUGAAUUUGCAUAUCCUACUCGCAAAGAUGUGAAGGUCCUUAAGGGUUUUAAUCUGGAUAUACAACCAGGUCAGACAGUUGCCCUCGUGGGAUCCAGUGGUUGUGGAAAGUCGACCAUUAUCAACCUCAUCCAGCGGUUUUAUGAUCCAGAUCAUGGCAAGAUUCUUCUAGAUGGCGUCGAUUUGAAGGAACUAAAUAUACACUGGCUACGAGGGAACAUCGGAAUUGUUUCCCAGGAACCAAUCCUGUUUGGGAUUUCUAUAGCUAAAAAUAUCGCUCUAGGCAGGCCAGGAAUUAGCAUGCAGGAAAUACAGGCAGCAGCCAAAAUGGCAAAUGCACAUAGUUUUAUAUCUGCUUUACCUCAGGGAUAUGACACUCUUGUCGGAGAGAGAGGUGCCCAACUGUCAGGUGGACAAAAGCAGCGUGUGGCUAUAGCCCGAGCUCUGGUCAGGGACCCUAAAAUCCUACUACUGGAUGAGGCCACGUCUGCUCUGGACUCCAAAAGUGAAGGGGUGGUGCAGGAAGCUCUUGAUAAGGCCCGGGAAGGCCGGACGACUAUUGUUGUGGCCCACCGGUUGUCAACCAUACAAAAUGCAGACGUCAUCUACGUCCUUGACAGUGGCGAAGUUGUGGAAACUGGCAGGCAUCAGACGCUGAUGGAGAAAAAGGGAAUCUACUACAACUUAGUGACACUUCAGACCAUCGUUGAGCAGGAACAUCAAGAUGAUAGUGAAG